UGUAAGUGGUGGUCUUACUAAACACAUACUGGAGAGAAACCGUUUAAAUGUAAAAAGUGUGAAAAAACAGUUGACUGAAAACAGUGAUCUUACAAAACACAUGAGAACCCACACUGGAGACAAAACACUAUAGUGUAAAAUAUGUGACAGAAAGUUCUAUGAAAAAGGUAAUCUGUUUACCCAUAUACAAAUUCACAUUAGAGACAAGCCAUUUUUCUGUACCUUUUGCAACAAACUGUCAUCAAGUAAGGAAAGUGUGAGAAAUCGUUAAGUGAGAGUUAACACUGUAGAGGAGACAUUCAUCCGUACAGUUUUUAACUAACUGUUUUUAAGGAAUAGUAAUUUAGAUAGGCAUUUGAGAACCCAUACUGGGGAGAAGCCACAAAAGUGUGAAAUGAGGGAUAAAAGAUUUUCUGAAAAUGGUCAUCUGACUGAACACUUGAGAACCCAUACAGGAGAGGAACCUUCGAAACGUGAACAAAGUUACGAAAAAUUUUCCACGUCAGAUCAUUUAAGAACUCGUAUAAGAGUUCACACUGAAGAGAAGUCAUUUAUGUGUAAAGUUUGUAAUAAACUGUUUUCUGUCAAAGGUAAGUUAAAAAAACAUUUGAGAAUUCAUACUGGAGAGAAAACUCAUGAGUGUAAAGUGUGUGAUAAAAGAAUUUCUGGCAGUCUAACUUACCACAUGAGAACCCAUACUGGAGAGAAGCCCUUUAAUUGUGUAAUUUGUGGAAAGAGAUUUUCUCUGCAGAGUCAUUUGAGAGCUCACAUACAAACUCACACUGGAGAAAAGUCGUUCAAAUGUGAUGUGUGUGAUCAACUGUUCUCAACAAAGGGCAGUCUAACUUCACACAUAAAAAUUCACACUGGCGAGAAAUCAAUUAAAUGUGAAGUGUGUGAUAAAAGGUUUAUCCGAAGUGGGGACCGGACCAAGCACAUGAGCAUUCAUACUGGAGACAAACAAUUUAAAUGUGAAAUCUGCGACAAAAUGUUUUCUGAUAAAUAUUACUUAACUUUGCAUCGUAGAGUUCACACUGGAGUGAGGCCAUAUCAGUGUAAGUUUUGUAAUCAUAGGUGUACUUCAAAAAGUAAUUUAAACCAACAUAUAAGAGUUCAUACUGGAGAGAAGCCAUUUAAUUGUGAAAUAUGUGAAAAAAGGUUUAAAUCGAGUUCUUGUUUGAAGAGACAUUUGAAAGUUCAUACUGGGGAGAAGCCAUUCAAAUGUGAAGUUUGCAAAAUAUUGUUUUCACUUAAGAGUAAUUUAGCUGCACAUAUGAAAAUUCACUCCGAAGAGAAACAAUUUCAGUGCGAAGUGUGUAAAAAAUGGUUUUACAGUAAAGCUAAACUGACCAACCAUAUUAGAGUACAUACAGGAGAAAAACCAAACAAAUGUGAAGUGUGUGAUAAAAUGUUUUCAGCAAAAUCUACCUUAAUAAUUCACAUGAGAAUGCACACUGGAGAAAAACCAUUCAAAUGUAAUAUUUGCGGGAAAAGUUUUUCAAACCAUAGUAACUGGGCAAGGCAUUUAAAAAUCCAUGCUAACGAUAAAUAACGUUAACUGUUUUGUUUGAGUUGCAAAACUUCUUAUGCGAGACAUUUAAAUACCAACGAUAAUAUCUAACUAACAGUUUGUCACAAAACAAUAAGCUGCCAAGGUUGGCUUUACAUACGAAUCUUCGUGCUUAAACAACACCAUCUCAUUGUAAAGUUUGUGAAAUUGUGACAAACUGUUUUCCGUGAAACCCCGGUACUUGAGAAUGCUUAUAAGAGAGAAACUACUAAUAGAAUGUUUUCUUCAUAAGGAACAAAAGUUAUACAUAAGAGAAUCCAUGCUGUAUGUUACUUUGUUAAAUGUCACUUUUACGGAAAGCUAUUCCUGUGGAAUGAUGGAUGG